UAUCAAGUUAUAGUACACUUCAGUAAGCUCUUACGAAUGUUCGCAUACCUUCAUCAAGCUGUAUCAUAUGCCUACAAAGCACAUUCCAGGGGCUUAAAGGCUACAUUCCCACUGUAGCCUAAAGGGUCCAAUUCUUUUCCCCUUAUGCGACCUGUGUCCUCAGUGACAGAAAAUAAAGUCGUUCAUACGACGUUUAUUUUGAAAGGUGUUGACAACAAUGGAAGACCCACUCGUAACUUCCGGUGGCGGCAAAACAAACGCAGCUCCGUCAGUCAAAAACUUACGAAACUGAGCCCAUGGAGCUUCGUUUCUCCGCUGGGUCGCUCGUGGGCUCGGUUGCUGCGUGAGGCGGGCAUUUGAGUCCAUUUGGGAUGUCUGUAGUGACCGUCCAGCUCGGUCAGUGCGGUAACCAGGUGGGCCAGGAGCUGUUUGACGUCCUCUGUAGCGACGCGCAGGAGGGCCAGAGGAAAAGCUACAGGGCGGCCAGCUGCGAGCGCUUCUUUCACCAGACAGCACAUGGAGAACUCGAAGCCAGGGCGGUACUGGUCGACAUGGAGCCCAAAGUGAUCAACCACAGCCUGGCCAAGGCUGCCAGGUCCGGAAGGUGGAGGUAUGGAGAGACCUCCCAUUUCAGCCAGAAGCAGGGUGCUGGAAACAACUGGGCCAAUGGGUAUUGUGUCCUCGGCCCACGUCACAGGGAGGCGGUGGAGGAGCUGGUGAGGAGAGAGGUGGAGCGCUGCGACAGACUGGCCGGGCUCAUGCCCAUAAUGAGCGUAGCAGGGGGGACGGGGUCCGGGGUGGGAACGUACACAACUCAGUGCCUGAGAGACAUCUACCCUACCUCCUUCAUCCUCAACCACCUCACUUGGCCCUAUGGGACUGGAGAGGUGAUCGUCCAGAACUAUAACUCCGUCCUGACGCUGGCGCACCUCUACCAGCUGUCCGACUCCAUCCUGGUCCACGAGAAUGACACCGUGCACAGGGUCUGCGGCCAGCUGCUCAACAUCAAACAGAUCUCUUUCGGUGAUGUCAACCGGGUCAUCGCUCACCAGCUGGGAGGCGUCCUGCAGCCCGCGCUCACCCCUGACUCACACGGAGCGCACAGCCGCAACCCUCUCGGGGAGCUGGUGGCCGCUCUCGCCUGCCACCCGGAGUACAAGCUGCUCAGCGUGUGUUCGGUCCCUCAGAUGCCCAGUUCCUCCAUAGCCUACAGCACCUUCAGCUGGCCAGGGCUGCUCAGGCCUCUACGACAGAUGCUCAUCUCUAAUGCCAAGAUGGAAGAAGGCCAGUUUAGUAUAGACUGGCAGGUGCGUCCGCCGGCAGAAUCUGGGCGGAGCAAAUGUCUCCCAGGAAGCGGCGUCAACACUUCGCUGGCCAACCUGCUGGUACUGAGGGGGAAGGACGUCUACAGCGCUGAGACAGGCGGCUUUGAAGAGCCAUCCAUAUACACCCCCUGGCUCUCCCCAGACGAGGCUUUCACCGUGUGGAAAUCCCCAGUUCCCUUUGAUAAGUAUGAAAAGUCUGCUACGUUGGUCAGUAACAGCCAGGCCCUGCUCAGGUCUCUGGAUGACAUUGUGAGAAAGGCGUGGAAUAUGUUUGCCUCCAGAGCCUAUAUACAUCAGUAUGCCAAAUUUGGCAUCUCAGAAGAGGACUUUUUGGACAGCUUCACACAUCUGGAGCAGGUUGUCUCCAGCUACAGUCAGCUAUAGUGCUAGCAGCGGGGAAAUAUAUCUCUGGAUUUAAACAGUAUAUAUUUAUAUUGGAUUUUGUCUUAAAUUAACAUGUAAAUAAAAUAGUUCUUGCACUUUAAGAGGA